AGCUCAAUGAGUUGUUCAGUUACGAGUUCGGGACCUUCUUCUUCUAAAUUGUUGGUUCGAUUUGCUUGACUUUUACAAUUUUGACAAUAGGCGAACGCAAGUAUCAUAAUAAUCUGUGAGCAAACGUGAGCCGUACGAAGUUACCGACAGUGCAAUUUAUAUGUGCAUUUCUUUGUAAUUGUAUAUCGUGAAUCAAACUUCAAUGUAAUAAUUAAUAUUUGUUUGAGUAAUGUAACAACGAUUGAGUAUUUAUAAAUAAAAACACUGCUACUAUCUCGCUAUCAUGGCGUUGAGCGCAAUAGCGGAAGAAUAUUUUCGGUCAAUCAAUCCAAUAGCGUCCAAAAUACAUGAAGACAUCACAGAGGCUAAAAAUUCAUAUGAAAAUAUUUGGGAUACACUCACGGACAAGGAAAAGUCGGAAAUAAUAAAUGAAUCAAUAAUUAAACCUGAAAUAGUAUUAAAAUAUGCCUUAUUAGACUCAUUAGACUUUGAUUUAAAUGAUCCACCUGUUCGCAAAGAUAACUUGAUGUCUUUCUUUGGCCGCGAACAUGGUCUGAGAAUCAUUCAGGAUGAAAAUACGUCGUAUAGAGAUGAACAUUCUGCCCCCUUUUUAUACCAGACGAAUAGUCAACUCAACUUAUGUGUAUUAAGUGAGCAUAGAGUGUCCAAGGAUGUAAAAUGCACAUCACCCCCACCUAUACUGACUGAACUAGCUUUAUCACACUCAAAAGUGGUGAAUGAACUAAAGAAUGCCUUGAAGUCUCAUGAAUUAAAGAGCACAUAUAAAGAAAAAGAUUCUCAUGAAAGAGAUGUGAUAUCACCUACAGGCUUCAUUAGUAAAUUUAUUGGGAACUUUAAGUCUAAAGAUGAAGAGCGAGAGUGCUUAGUGCCAAUUUUGCCACAGACCCAGAUUGUGGCAUCAUCUGAGAACUUUUUCAGGACAAAUUUCAAAAGUCCACAGAAUGAGAGCAAGUUUGAUAAGGAUUAUAGGAGCAGCGUAGCUAAGUCUCAUAAUGAUCUCUCUGAAGAGAAUCGCGGCCUCCUUUCGUCAAGCCAAGCCUCGUCGGGAACAGACUUCCAAUCAACAGAAACUUUAACAGAUACAACAAACCUACCAAAGACUGGAUACGACUUUUUAGAUAAUUGGUAAAAAUUUUAAACAGAAUCUCGUUCUAUUUACUAAGCUUGAUUUCAGAUACUCAUAGUCUGGAUAUUUUAGUAUUCUUUUAGCUCAUAAUCAUAACCUAAGGUUGUACCUACUCAUAAAUGUUAAAUGUAUUAAAAGUGUGCUAAAUAUUGUUUGUGAUUUUCUGAUACGGAAAUGA